AUGAAGAGAGAGAGAGAGAAGGGGGGAAGGGUUGAUUCCGUGCCCCAUAAACAUAAACCUAUCCAUCUAUCCAUCUCUUCUCCAUUCAUGGUCAGUAGUAGGUAACUUGUUUUCUCUUCCUCGAUUUGAUCGUUCCUUUCUCUCCUAAACAAACUAAAAACUUGGUUGGGCUCUCUAUCUCUCUCUUCUGUUUUGUUUUAUGCCAGGAAUGGCAGCGUAUCAGUGGCAGUGCAGGAAAAGAGAGGGAGAGCUUUCAUUGGGAAGUGUGCCCCGCGUGCGCUCUGCUGUGUCUUCUCACUCACAAGUGUAACCGUGUAACCACUAGAAUCAGAGAGAGUGCGUGUGAGAAAAUGAUUUCAUUCAUUAAUGCUGGAAAGAAAGAUUAACAUUUAACACCCAUUUUCCAAAGGAAAACUCUGUGCAGGCUUUGCCAGAAAAGUCAAGUGGGAAAACCUCUAUACUACUUACUUCAUGUAACUGACUUUAGCCACCACUACCACUAUUUAGGAUUUUCUGUAAAAAGCCUGAUACUUUUACCAUAAAACCCGGGAGAGCUCUGAAAGACAAACAUCUUCGGACUUCAUAAAAUAGAGAGAGAACGAGAGAAGAGAGUGCGUUUGUUUUAGUUAUAUGUCGUAAGGUUAGCUAGCAAGUAGUGAGUGAACAACUGUAGUGAACCACAGAAGUUGGUUGGCAAAAAGGAUAAGACAGUGAGUGAGUGAAUGAAUGUGUGUGUUGUUGACAAGUGAGUGAAUGUGCAAGCAAGCCAUGGAGGGUAGUAGUAGUUCUAAUGGCACUUCUUAUUUGUUGGCUUUUGGAGAAAACAGUGGUGGGCUAUGCCCAAUGACGAUGAUGCCUUUGGUGACUUCCCAUCAUGUUGGUCAUCAUCCAAUAAAUCCUAAUCCUAGUAAUAAUACCAAUAAUAAUGCAAACACAAACUGUCUCUUCAUUCCCAACUGCAGUAACAGUGGAACUCCUUCUAUCAUGCUCGACAAUAACCACAACAACAACGAUGAUAACAACAACACUGGGGUAGGGUACUAUUUCAUGGAGAGUGGCCAUCCCAACCACCGCAGCAACAACAAUGGAAGCUCCUCCUCCUCCUCCUCUUCUGCUGUCAAGGCCAAGAUCAUGGCCCAUCCUCACUAUCACCGUCUCUUGGCAGCUUACGUCAAUUGUCAGAAGGUUGGAGCCCCGCCUGAAGUGGUGGCAAGGUUAGAGGAAGCCUGUGCUUCUACGGUGACAAUGGCCGGAGAUGCAGCUGGAUCGAGCUGCAUAGGUGAGGAUCCAGCUCUGGAUCAGUUCAUGGAAGCUUACUGCGAGAUGCUGACUAAGUACGAGCAAGAACUCUCCAAACCCAUAAAAGAAGCCAUGCUCUUCCUUCAAAGGGUUGAGUGUCAGCUCAAAAACCUAACAGUUUCUUCCUCCGACUUCGGUUGUAAUGAGGGUGGUGAUAGGAAUGGAUCAUCUGAAGAAGAUGUUGAUCUACAGAGCAUGAUAGAUCCGCAGGCAGAGGACAGGGAAUUAAAGGGUCAGCUUCUGCGGAAGUACAGUGGAUACUUGGGCAGUCUGAAGCAGGAGUUCAUGAAAAAGAGGAAAAAGGGAAAGCUACCUAAAGAAGCAAGGCAACAAUUGCUUGAAUGGUGGAGCAGACAUUACAAAUGGCCUUAUCCAUCCGAGUCACAGAAGCUGGCUCUUGCAGAGUCGACAGGUCUGGAUCAGAAGCAAAUCAACAACUGGUUUAUUAAUCAAAGGAAACGACACUGGAAGCCUUCGGAGGACAUGCAGUUUGUGGUGAUGGAUCCAAGCCAUCCACACUACUACGUCGACACUGUUAUGGCCAAUCCAUUUCCCAUGGAUCUCUCCCAUCCCAUGCUCUAGCUACACAUUUUCAUAGACUGCUGUUCUCACCAAAACCUUACCAUUAUUAUAUUUAUAUUAUUAAUAUUAAUAUGCUCGAAGCUCAUGUAAGCAUUCUAAGAAAUCCUAGAUUGCUAUACUAUUGUACCCUCGUGUGGACCAUCUACUCAAACAAUAUUCACCAUCUUAUAUGAAUAAAUCAAAUUCCCUAAA